GAAUAUAAAGGAGUUGGGAGUUGAGUCUUCGCAGCAAUGUCCGCCACCCGUUCUGUCUGUCUUCUUGAGCGCUCUGAGCGAAAUUUUUUAUAUCCUCUUUCUACUUCUUUACAGCUCUGCUCGUUCGAUAUAGCAUCCUGAAAUACUACCAUGACGGGCAACUCAGCUACUCCAAACGGCAUCAACAGUCUACCCUACCCGAGACGACCGAUCGUCAUCCUAGGUGCCGGCAUCAUCGGCUGCGCAGCCGCACGCCAGCUUCUUCAGAAUGGAUUCCAAGUCGUGCUUGUAGGAGAAUAUCUUCCAGGAGAUCAGAAUAUCUUCUACGCUUCAGCAUGGGCAGGAGCUGCAUGGCAUGCCGCGGGCGGCCUGUCAGAGGAACACCGAUACCUCCAGGUGGUGACACAUCGACACCUAUUGAAGAUGGCACAAGAACCGGAAUCCGGUGUCUGCAUGGUCAAUGCUAGAGAAUAUCUGGAGGAGGCACCUGCAAAGAAUUCAGCUAUCUGGGGAAGGACAGUCGUAUCAAACUUCCAAGAGCUCGCCCCGGGCGAAUUCCCACCCAACUUCAACUGUGCAUGGUCCUACGACUGUCUGGUGACAGAUCCCACUAAACAUAUGCCCUAUCUUAGGAAGCAGGUUGAAUCUCUUGGUGGCAAAUUUAUCCGACAAAAGGUCUCCUCUCUCGAGGAGUUGUACUCAAUGUUUCCAGAUUCCCGGAUUUUCAUCAAUGCCAGUGGCUGGGGCAGCAAGCUCUUGAAUGAUGUUAGAGAUGACAAAUGUUAUCCUGAUCGUGGCCAGAACGUCUUUUUGAAGACCUCCAACUGCAGAACGAUGUAUUUCCGCAACGGAAAGGAAUACACGUAUGUCAUUCCUCGGCCUCUUUCAGAAGGAGUAGUCCUGGGGGGUAUCAAACAGCCCAACGUUACUUCGCCAGAGGUCGACCUGGAAAUCGCGCGCGAUGAGAUUGCAAGAGCCCAUCGCCUUGCACCGGAAAUUGUUCCCGCCAAUCCGCCGGAAUCCGACCUGAGUUAUAUUGUGGGAAUUCGUCCUUCACGCCAGGGCGGCUUUCGCCUAGAUUCUGAACGUGUCGGGGAGCGGACACUCCUUUCUGCGUACGGAUUCGGUGGUGGCGGAUAUGCCUUUUCGUACGGAAUCGCAGAUGCUCUGCUGAAGAUGGUGGAAAAGGCAGAGUUUGAGAAUGUGGUGGCUUCUAGUUGAUUACCAGCUUGUACAUCGCGGGGAGUUCCUGGAGAUCUGUCUCCAGAAAAUCACAUAUUGUCACAAUAUUAACAUUCUCAUUUGCCACGUUAAAAUUCUAUUUGUAAAUAUCGACAGGUGACUAUACUCCUCGAUUAGCCUUGCGUAUGGCUCUUCUGAGGUGUGCGAUUAGGCGUGCGUAAGCGUACAACCUCGCU